UAACAAUUAGCCGCCCUGAACACAUCUUUAUACUCUCUUAAACUUGAAUUAUAUAAAUGGAGAUAUUUUCGAGCCUCCUCAGACAAACAAUUGUUGAAUUCGGUCUCCAUUUUCCUCAAACUCUUUGUUGUUUGCCUCCCGAUUGCCACGAUUCGGCAUCAUGCUAUCGUGUGGGUCUUCUUUGACAACUGCACACCGCAAACUUUCAAUGUGUCUGUUGCCACCUAGUGGGCUCCUAACAUUUUCUGGCGCAUGCGAUGUUGCACGCGUUUCGUCUCAAAAUAUGGGUUGUGCGCGGACAGGGUGUGCGGACGUUUUUUUUUGACAGACAGACAGACAUACAGAGUUAAUGGUUAGUCAAAUAAAUGUGGAGCAGUUUCGGAGCUUCCAAUAAAAAGAUUAUGGUAGAGAGGUCAACUCUGUUGGAAGUCCUACAAUCUGUGUCUGGGUUGAAGAAGGUCCAUCUGCAUGUAGAAAGCUGGACUGAAAUAUGGGUUUCCACAAUCCUUUCCCUCACCAAGACCUGUUCCAGUCUGAAUGAACUUAGGAUCAAUGCAUCAAUUCCUUUGGCACUAACACAGUUACAGAGGGCAUCACUAAAACAAAAAGGCUGGACCCUGACAGUCUGGAGGAUGUCAAUGUUUAUUGAACGUGAUAAGAAGAGUCUGACAGAGGAGGGGCUGAAGACAGGAAAGAGAGAAAAGAAAGUCUUCUCACCUGAUAUUACUGACGAUGAGAGCAAAGAUGAAAACACACACAGGUUUUUUUCUCCACAUGCUGGUCAGUUUCAGUGCAGUUUGACCAACCUUGUGUUUGUGAUGGAGGGUAAAGGAGAGAUGCUGUAUAAAAUGGUCCCCUGGGAUCCAUGUCGCUUAGAUGCUUUGAGUCAGAUGGAGCCUGCAGGACCCUUAUAUGACAUUAACUGUUCUAAAGGAUCGGUCUUACAACUUCACCUUCCACACUGUGAAAUUCUCACUGAGGAAAAUAAAGAAAGUUUGGCUGUAGCACAUUUCACAAAUGGUACUGUAGAAAUAUUGCAGCCUCUCAAAGUGACAGAAACUCAUGUGAUUAUUAGCAUCACUGAGCUCUGUUGGUUCGGGAUCAUAAAAAAGUUGAAAAAAAAGAUGUUCCCUGGAGCUCCUACAUGUGCACAAGUGCUGCUAUUUCUGCGACCGAUAACUGUUGCACAGAACCAGAAAAUACUGAACGUAUACUUGCUUCCAGGGAAUGUGCCCCUUCCAGAGGUUCAGAGACAGCAUCAGGAGAAAAAAUACAUUGAGACGAGUUCUAUCUGUCAUCUGAUUUCUGGGAGAAAAUAUACACUGUCUUGUCACCCAGAUGAAUGUGAAGUACAGCCACCGGAUGAAGUAUUCGAGCGUAAGUUUGGGACAAACUUUCACACUACAUUUGAAGUGUUUCUGGAUGUAAAGAUUGAGGAGAUCAGACUGGGUCUUCGGGAUACAACUGAAGAAGGGAAGGAAGUGUGGAAGCCACGACGAAUUCCUCUCUCAGACACAUUUCAAGAUGUACAAUGUUCUGUUGACAGAAGAUUUACCGAAUCGGAGUAUGUGGACAAACACAGACAUCAGCUGAUUCAGAAAGUCACAUCUGUGAUGGAGAUAGCUGACUGUUUAAGGAGUAAAGGCAUGAUUCUAGGUGAAAUGUACAACAAGGUAAAUACUGCAGAAACACGACAAAAGAAGAUGAGAAUAUUCUUUGAUGUUCUGGAGACAACUCGUGUAAAAGCAGAAUUCUGGAAACUGCUUAAAGAGAAUGAACCCCAUCUAGUGGAUGAAUUGGAAUCUGGACAUUGAACAAGUUAUUGACCAGGUGUCAGAGACUGGGCCUUAUAAAAGUAUUUAAUACGCUUUUAUAAAUUUGUCUUACUGGUGUGGAACUAAUGUUUUACAUAAUGUAUACCUUUAGUACCACAUAAAAAAUGUAUAUUUUUUGAUUACUUAUUUGUAUUACCAUAUUUUUUCUACUGCUAGAUGUCAGAUCCUGAGUAUAAGAAGCAGGGCACCACAUGCUGGGUGCCAUCAUCACCCAAUGAUUUCUGUUGAUUUAUAUGUUCUACAAAAAUGUCAAGGUGCUGAUGAAAACAUGAAAAGAGAUUUCAGUUAUUUUGAUUAAAAAUGAUAUUCAGUUAUCACACUGAAG